CCAGGCGAGAUGUCCAGCUCUGUACGGGCGAGAAAACUGCCUGAUGGGGCAGUCUACCCGUCUGAUCAUCUACCUACCUACACACCAGCUCCUUCCUGCCUCUUUCUCUCCUGCUUCCUAGUGAGAGACAGCCAGCAGAUGGGCCAAUCAGGCAUCGCACGUGAGGCAUGCCGUGGUUAGGGUUAGGCAGGCUCAGGCACCACACUACGACCAUAUACAGAUACACAUACAUAUCAUACUACUGCAUCUGCCGCUAAUACUGGCUUUCGGGAGCUGCCAUCUAGCUACUUGCCCGCUGAAUGUCGACUGGAGCUGUAUUCAGCAAGCCGCAGAAGCUCAUCAAAACUGAGGAUGACCUGGCCAGCUUUCGCCAGAGUGAUGCAUAUGAAAGAAUCGUCUCCUUCAUCCGGCUGGUUUGUUCCAAGCUGCCUGGGACAAGCAUGCAAGAUCAAUUCAAAACUUCGUCUACCGUUAAGGUACUGCUCGAGAUGAUCGAGCAGUGUCGCUCAUAUAUUACACGGUGCCCUCCGCAUCAGGGAGCGCAGCGCUUUGGCAAUCUAGCAUUUCGAGAUUGGCAUAGUCAAUUGGAGAAACACGCGUCCAGUCAAAUAGCUGCCAUCUUGCCUGAUGCACUCUGCGCUGCCUCUGUUGAACUCUUGCCCUACUUCACCGGGUCAUUCGGCUCUAGCCAGCGAUUGGAUUACGGUACCGGUCAUGAACUCUCCUUCCUGGCCUUUGUUUGUGCCCUCUUUCAACUCAGGCUUCUCGAUCAGAAUUCGGAAGAUGAUCUCCGCAGCAUAGCCCUGGUUGUGUUCCCCAAGUACAAUGCUCUCAUUCAAGAGCUUGUGGUGACCUACACGCUUGAGCCAGCUGGGUCGCAUGGUGUUUGGGGACUCGACGAUCACUUUGCCAUACCAUACCUAUUUGGUGCAGCUCAACUAUCACACUUGGAGCCGGACGCUCUGCCGUGUCCCGCAGACAUCACAAAGCCGAAAGAAGUGUCCGAGCACCAAAGCAAGAACUUGUACUUCAAUGCUGUGGCCUUCAUCAACGAGGUCAAGAAAGGUCCGUUCUGGGAGCACUCCCCAAUGCUUUAUGAUAUCUCUGGUGUGCCAAACUGGUCCAAGAUCGCAAGUGGUAUGCUGAAAAUGUAUCAAGCAGAGGUGCUGAUGAAGUACCCUGUUGUGCAGCACUUCCCCUUUGGCCCGACCUUCUUUCCCUUCACAGCACUGAAGACGUCUCUUGCCCAUGCACAAACACAAAAUUCGAAGUAGACGUCGACUUCUUCCGCGACCUGCUCCUCCAUUUCUAGCCUUGCGUAGCAUACACACUCAUGAUCAUGCCCCUCAGUGCCCC